AUGCUAGAGACCGUUCCCUUCCUUCUUGGGGGGAGUCUUGCACUAUCAGAUAACACAAUGAGUAUGGGGACGAAGAAGCUAGUCGAGUCACAGGCCGAGUACAUUGAGAGAUUUCGACAUAAGAAAAAUGGCAGGCAAAAGCAAUGGCAUGAUACAGUAUCCAAGGAAGAAGACACAAUCAUUGAUCCUGGGUUGCAGCUUGGUACAAAUUCGAUGAUGGCGAUAUCUGUUGCUCAUAUGGGAGUUCUCAAUACUUCGGUCGCCACAUUUGAGAAAAAGAGUACUCUGGAAGGUGACAAAACGUUUCAUUGUUCCAUCAAAGAAAAGACCGACUAUGGUUUCUUCUUCUUCGCAAAACUUCCUACUGAGCUUCGGCUGAUCAUUUAG